CUUCUGACACUGCACGUUUCGUUCGCACGCGCGCCCUUCGCAUCGCACCGCACGAUUUUUUUCAUUUCCAAAACCAUAACGUCGUUUUGGUCCGUACACCGUGUUUGCUCGACGCCGCCGCUCUGAUCGCGUGCGAGCACAUGACACUAUCCGCCGCUCGUCAUUAUCGUUUUGUAUUUUCCAUCGACUCGCUCUAGUUAUACAUUUUGUGAUUUCGUGUUUUUUUUUUUUUUUUACUCCCAUUCUCCAAAAAUGGUGACCAAAUCGCUGAACGGACCCAGUUUCACCAUCAACCACAUAUUGGGCCGUCUGGAUGUGGACGACGAGCGGGACUGCAAGAGCCCCGGGCCGUCGACAUCCCGGUCGUUCACCACCGGCAGUGAGGCCAGCGACUGCAGUGGCGACGAUUGUCUGUGCGCCCCGGUCGACUACAGCACGCGGCCGGGUGGCAGCCCUUCGCCGCCGACGACGCCCGGUGACGUGCACCGCCAUCACCGCGGUGGCCAUCACCACCAUCACCACGACAGGCGUCCGCAUCCUACGUCUCCGUCCACGAUCGAAAUCAAACCGGAAGAGGAAGACGACGACGACCUGCCCAAGGGUGACAAGUCACCGGAACGGGACGGUGCCGGCAAAAACAAGGACGAUGCGGCCGCCACGCCGACGCCAGUCGACGACAAAAACAAGAAACCCAAUUACAGUUACAACGCUCUGAUCAUGAUGGCCAUAUCGGAAAGCCCGCAGAAGCGGCUCACGCUCAGCGGCAUCUACGAAUACAUCAUGAACAAGUUCCCGUUCUACCGGAUGAACACGCCCGCAUGGCAGAACAGCAUCCGGCACAACCUGUCGCUGAACAAGUGUUUCGUCAAGAUACCGCGGAGCUUCGACGACCCGGGCAAAGGCAACUACUGGAUGAUCGACCCAAACAGCAGCGACGUGUACAUCGGCGGCACCACCGGCAAGCUGCGCCGCCGGUCCACGCAAUCGUCCCGGCACCGCAUCGCGUACCGUCCACCGAUGCCGCCGCACAGCGUGGUCAUGCCGCAGUCGCAUCACCAUCACCAUCACCACCACGCGGCCGCCGCAGCCGCUGCCGCCGCCGCCGCGUUCUACCAUCACCGCGGCGGACCGCCACACCAUCCCGCGGCCACCGCGCCCGGCUGGCCCGGCGUGGCCGACUACCCGUCCGCCGCAGCCGCCGCGGCCGGCUUCGACUACCUGCACCAGUACUUCUGGCCACAGUCCACCGGCGCGUACCAGCAGCAGCGGCCGUCGCCGUCACCGCCCGCCACCUCCACCGGUUACUCCAUCAGUCAGCUGCUCAGGCCCACCCUGCAGGUGCCGCCCAGGAGGCCCACGGCCGUCAUACACCCCGCGGCCGCCGGCGCCCUGAUCCAGGCCACCAUGAGCAGACACCAUCAUCAUCUGCAGCAGCAGUAGUGGACGCCGCGAUGUAAGAGAGAAAAAUGAAAUUUUUUUUUUCAAAGUUACCCUACGAGUGUGUCGCACACACUUAUAUAUGUACAUAUUAUGAUAAUAUAUUAUCGU